UGCUGACGUGUUGACGUUACUUAAAUUUGGGAUUUAUUUUUUAAAUUUUAUACACUUUGGUAUGCUUAAGAGAUAGUAUAUCGAAGAAUAUAUUUAAUUUAUAGGAUUUUAGUAAAAACAAACAAUAAAAAAUUGUAUUAAACCAUGGCUUUACUUACAAUGAUUGCAAGAGUUAUUGACGGACUUCCUCUGGUCGGUACAAUGCAAGAUGAUGAAAAUACUGGAAGAAGCAUAUUAGAGUAUCAAAAUCAAGCCAAACUAUUAUUUCGUAAAUUAAGUUCACAUUCACCUUCAAGAUGUAGUAUUGAAACUGGUCCAUAUCUCUUUCAUUAUUUGAUAGAAAAUGACGUAUGUUAUUUAGUUAUGUGUGAUAAGAUGUAUUCCAAAAGAUUGGCAUUUAAUUAUUUAGAAGACUUGGCACAAGAAUUUCAUAACAGUUAUGGAAGACGAGUUAACACUGUGACAAGACCAUAUGCAUUCAUAGAAUUUGAUGUUUAUAUACAGAAAGCUAAAAAACAAUUAACCGAUCGUAGAAGGAAUAUUAAUACAAUAAACACCCAAUUACAAGAUGUUCAAAGAAUAAUGGUUCAAAACAUAGAUGAUGUUUUACAGCGUGGCGCUGUUUUAUCCGAAUUGGAUACAAAGACACAAAAUUUAUCAAUGAUGUCUCAAAAAUAUAAAAAAGACGCAACUUAUUUAAAUCGUAAAUCAAUGUAUAUGAAAGCAGCAGCAGUCGGAAUAAUAUUUUUCGUUUGUGUAUUAUAUUUUUGGAUUCUUUAAUUUUAAUCAUUUCUUAUAAAAGAAUUUCUAUGUUUUCACCCUUGUUUUUCUAUGUUUAAUUGGAAUAUGUUAUUUUUAAAAAAUUUUAAAGGUUUUUUGUAUCUUUACUUCUAAUAUUGUUGUUAUACCUUUAA